GCGCUGGUAUUGAUGAGAUUGUGUUUUAUUAUAUUAGUAGCAAUAGUCGUUUUCUCCUCUGCAGCAUUGACUCAAAGGGAUCAAACUGCAAUAUGUUCAUCUGCUUUAAAGCCUUGUGGAGCUGGAGAUAAUGGUUGUUGCUCAGGGUUCGAGUGUCUUACUGGGAUUUGCAUUCCUACAUCGCUCAACAAUUAAUCACGAUAAAGAUUGUUCAAAUUUAUAGCGUGCUUAAGAUCCCAAGAUAUUUUUACAAAAAGUAAAAUGGUUGGUUCAUAUGGAUAUUUAGACUCCAUUAUUACUUCGUAUUACAAGUCAAUCGGAGCAAGAGUAAUGCUGUUAUUAUUACCACAUUCAAAUUCAUGACAAUGGUUUAAUAAUAAAAGAAAAAGGGACUACAACUGUGUACUGGGUAUAAAGGGAUUCUUUGAUAAGAAGGGUUUAGAAAUGUACGAUGGAAUUUACUCAAAGAUUCUGAGAAAAUAAAUAUAUAUACUAGUC